AUGGCACCUACCAAGUCCUCGAAAGGAGCUCCCGCAAAGGGCGGCGCGUCCAAGGGUGGCAAGUCGGCGCCCAAGUCGGGUGACCGCCCCAGACCCAAGAAGCCCACUGGUCCCAAGCCAAAAACUGUCGAGCAAAAGUCAAAGUCGACUUCCCACGGCCCUGCAAAGAAGAAGAAGCGCGUCUACACCGAAAAGGAGCUCAAUAUUCCCACCCUCAAUGCCAUCCGCCCUGCUGGAAUUCAGAAGCCCAACGGCGUCAAGAAGGGAAAGACCUUCGUCGACGACAAGGAGUCUUUGAUGACCAUCCUCGCCAUGGUCCAGGCCGAGAAGGAGGGAAACAUCGAGAGCAAGAUGAUCCGUGCUCGCCAGAUGGAGGAAAUCCGCGAGGCGAGGAAGGCAGAGGCCGAGAAGAGAGAGGCUGGUCGCAAGGAGAAGCUGGAGGGUGUCAAGGAUGAGCUCCGCAAAAAGAAGAACAAGAAGGGCACAAAAUCCUCGGAUGUCGACAUGGAUGUUGAGCCCGCCGCCGAGAAGCCCAAGAAGAAGAGAGUUUCAUUCGGUUGA